UUGCAUCAACGCUAAAUACGUAUCCAAGACUCGUCAUGAGAACACAGUGUAAAUUAUAUAUCGGCGUAGUUUGCCUGACGUUUCUUGACAUAGUUUUAACGUCAAAAACAUAUACAAUAAGAACUGGGUUUGAUGAAAAUGAGUGUCAAGGACCCAUAAAAAUUUAUGAAGAAUUGGGAUGUACUCCAGUUUAUAAAAAACUUGAAUUAAAUUGUCCAUCUCGCUACAACUGUAAUCAUAUUAAAAGAAGGUCACCAGAAAAAUGUUAUAUUGAUGGAAAAGAAUAUAGUGAUGGAGAUAAAUUGCCAGAUGAAUAUACCGAUGAUCCAUGUACUGUGUGUAUUUGUACAAUAUCAAAAAAAACAGCUAAUUUUGAGUGUUUAUCUAAUCUAUGUUCUGGACGAUUUAAAGAAGGCUGUUAUCUCCGUAGAAAUGCUACUGAAUGCUGUCCUGGACCACUUAUUUGUCCUGAAAAAAAACAAGAUAUACCAACUUGCCAGGUUGAUGGUGUGACUUAUUAUGAUGGUGAUCUAUUUUAUCCAUUGGGAGAACCACAAAAAAAAUGUUUUUGUGGUCCAGGUUAUAAAGGUAGAAAUGUCAAGCCUUUUUGUUUAACAAGAAAACAAAUAGACUGUAAUACUGAGUUCUAUUAUGGAAAUGAAAUCACAAAAAGGUGUGCUCCAAUUUAUGAUAUUGGUAAAUCACCACAAGUAGAUUGCAAUUCAGGUUACAGAUGUCAAAAUUCAAAAGAUGUUGUUGUUAUACCACAAAAAUUUAUAUCAUCAUUCACAAAUAGUAAAGCAAGAUGUAUUUUUGGAAAUUUAAAAUUACGUAUUGGUCAUCGACUAGAUCGUUCAUCGUACUAUCGAUCAACUCAAAACUGCAUGGAUUGCAUUUGUCAAACUCCACCUUUCUUAACUUGCAAACGACAACCCGUUAAUCUUUGUGACGACAAUGCAGAUAUUUUUGAAAAAAAAAAACAAAAAAGAAAGGAAUUGGAUCAAUCUUUGUGCCCUGGACCACUCAAAUUAUACGAGUCAUUGAAAUGUCAAUCACUCUUUGAUAGUACAUCUUCUUGUCCUUAUGCGAGUAAUUGUGAUUUCAAUUCGACACAAUUUAACAAUCUCGACAGCAGUGAGUGUAAUGUUCAUCUUGUUUAUGAUAAUAAAAUUAAAAAUAAAUGUGCUCCAGUUUAUGAUAUGGGACAGUCUGUGAGAACACUUUGUCCAUUGGAUUACAGAUGCCAAAAUUCAAAUGACACUGUUGUCAAACCAAUGUAUCCAUCAACAUUUGAAAAACAAGUUGAAUGUACUUUUGGUACCUUGAAAUUUAAAAUUCGUGAACGUCUUGAAAGAGUAUUAUUCUCAAAUUCAAAUCAAGUCUGCAUGGAUUGUGUUUGUCAAGUUCCACCUUUACUGACAUAUUGUGAUAAGACAAAAUGUCUGGGUCCACUGAUGCACUAUAAGGCACUUGGAUGUAAGCCAAUUUAUCUCAAGACAGAUGAUUGUUGUCCUUACAAAUAUGAUUGUGAUCAUCUAAAAAAUCGAUCAGAUGACAAAUGUUACGUCAAUGGACAUGAAUAUAAUAUUGGAGAAGCUCUCAAAGACGAAGAUAGAAGUCCAUGUGAUCAUUGUACUUGUGUAUUGAGAAACAAUGUGGCACUGUUUACAUGUGCAGCUUACAGUUGUCCUUAUCCUGAUGCAGGUGAUAAUUGCUAUGUUCGACAAAAUGCAACAAGCUGUUGUCCAGAUUAUGAAGCAAUAUGUCCUAAAUCAUUAGAAGAACGACCAACUUGUGAUGUCAAUGGAAAAGUUUAUUUAGAUGGUGAAUACUUUGAAGCUGAUGGUUUGGAGUGUUACUGUGGUCCCAAUUACCAAGGUAAAAAUAUUGAGCCAUUUUGUAGAAAACCAAAACAAGUACCGUGUAGUCUCGAUGUACAUUAUUCAUAUGAUGUUAGAAACAAUUGUCCACCAGUUUACUAUGAUGGACAAAAUCCACAAACAAGUUGUGCAAUUAAUUUUAGAUGUGCUUGUGAUAAAAGUACAUGUCAAGGUCCACUCAAGCAUUAUGAGGCAAUGGGAUGUAAACCGGUUUAUCACAAAAAAGAUGAUUGUUGUGCUUACAAAUAUAAUUGUGAUCGUAUAAAUAGUCGUAAAUUUGAUAAGUGUUACCUAGUAGGACAUGAGUAUAAUGUUGGAGACCAACUUAGAGAAAAGGAUCGUAAUCCAUGUGAUGUUGGAUGUCAUUGUGAAAUGACAGACAGAGGAGCAACUUUCAAUUGUGCUAUUGUUGAUUGUUUUUAUCGUGAAGAACCUGGAUGUUAUCAACGUAGAAAUGCUUCAAAUUGUUGUCCUUCUCCUGAAUUAAUAUGUCCUAAAACACCAGAAGAUAGACCAACUUGUAUCGUUGGUAAUGAGACUUAUUUAGAUGGUCAAUAUUUUAAAUUUAAAAAUUCAAAUUGCUUUUGCGCUCCAGGCUGGUCUGGUAAAACUAUUUCACCUUUUUGUCAUACACCAACACAAGAUGCAUGUGGUUUAGAACUUCGUCGUGGUAUUGAAAUUAGAAAUUAUUGUGCUCCAGUAUUUUAUAAUGGUCAAAAUGUUCAAACAGGUUGUGCCAUUGCAUUUCGAUGCCAAAACUCUCGUGAUGUAGUUAUCAAGAAUCCAGAAACAAAUAAUUCAAAUUGUGAUGAUUCUAAAUUAAAAUGUAAAUUUGGAAAUAUGACACUUGGCAUUGGUGAUAAACUUAAACCAGCAACUGAUGAUGAUUCUGUUUGUGUUGACUGUACCUGUGAAGUUCCACCAGUAGUAACUUGUCGUCAACUUCCUGAGGAUAAGUGUGAUCGUACCAAACGUGUCAACUAAUAUACAUAGAAAAUCUUUAAUCAACUUUUAAAAAAGAAAUAACGUUCUUAUUAAUAGUAAUAAUAAUUAAUAUUUAAUAAAAAUCAAUUUAAUCGAGAUAAUCAUAUAAAUUUUACAA